AUGGCUACUGCAACAAUCCGACACGAAUUUUACGAGACCGAUGAGCGUCUCACUCUGAGUAUCUUCGACCGUGGAGCCGACCCUGCCCAAGUCUCUCUUGAAUUCGGUCCCAGAAAGUUGGUCUACACCCAUGGCGACAAGUCCCUUGUAUUGGAGCCACUCAAGGGGCAGAUUGUCCCUGAUCAAUGCGACUUCACAGUCGGCAAGGUCAAGGUUGAAGUACGCCUGACAAAGGCUGCUGGUGGCCGAUGGGGUGGUUUAAUCGGCGACAGUCCUGAUCGUCCAGCACUUGCAAACUCUGCUGCGCCGUCCAUCACAACUACUUCUGUGAAACCUCGCAAAAACUGGGAUGGGAUAACUACCAACAUCCUGUCUUCUGACAAAGAAAAGACGACCGAAGAGGACCCAAAUGUUGGUGGGGACAGCACACUGAACUCGUUCUUCCAAAAGAUCUAUGGCGAUGCGGAUGAAGACACAAAGCGAGCUAUGAUGAAGAGUUAUCAGGAAAGUGGUGGGACAACUCUAAGCACCAACUGGGACGAGGUGAAACGAGCGCCUGUGGAGGUCAAGCCGCCACAAGGAUCGGAGUGGAAGAAGUGGAACUGA